AUGGCGGGACAGUCCGUGAACACCUACGACCAGCAGUCGCCCAAGGCAAGCGCGCAGGAUGGGCAGCUGUACAGCGCCGGGCAGGGAUUGGCCCCCGUGGUGAACAACCCGGGCCCCGUGUCGCCCCUGAGCAUCAUGUGCUGGCCGGCCGCGCUCGACCGAUCGUGGCAGGAGGCCCCCCCGCCGGCCUCGCCGGGGCUGCUGAGGGAGGUCACCUGGGGCGACUUCGACGAAUACCUGCAGAGGCUUUCGGAGCUGCACCUGAGUUUCAACCAGGCCAGGCAGCAGCUCGAGGCGGACUCUGUGCGGCGGAUCAUCGCCAGGGACCCAAUCGGCACUGGCCAUCUUCGGGGUGAGGGAUUGCUGCAGGCGCUGCGGAAGGUACCUGGUCUGUACUUCCAGGAGGCAUUCUCACUCACAAGGCAGGAGGUGUUUGAGGAAGUCUGCCACGGUGGUGCGGAAGAGGAAUGGUGCCAAACUGUGGAGACUCUGUCAGGCUAUAUGGACACAAUUGAAGGAGAGUUGCUCAAUGAGAUUGCUGCUCGUUCAGAUUCCUUUUUCGAGGCAGCAGAGUCUCUCCAGGCGCUGCAACAGUCGUUGGAAGUGAAUUUGCAGCACAUCAAGGAGCUGGAGGGGCGGGUUGCUGGACUGGACAAGAUCAUGUGCAAGAAGGCUGCAGCGGUCAGGAGGCUUCAUGUCCAUCGAGGAAAUUUGAAGGAAGUUGCAGAGAUUGUGCAGGUCUUGGAAGCAGUGCUGCAUGCUCAGGAUGCUAUUCAGCUGCUAGUCCUGGGCAAGGACUACUCAUCGGCUGUUGAGCUGCUGGGUAAUCUGAAGUAUCAGUGUGAGCAGCAAGGGCUGACCCGACUCCACUGCCUGCGACACCUGCCAGACUCAUUGGCGAACCUCUCCAAUUCAUUGAUCACUGCACUGGAAGAAGACUUUGAGGCAACGACAAAUUGGAAGUCAUCAGUUGUCCUUGUGGGCGAGGCUGUGCAGAUUGCAACGAAUGAACGAGGUUCCGGUCCUUUGGACAUCGAUCUUGAGCCUUCCAGCUCUGGCCGUUCAGUUUCCUCUCUGGAGGGAGAUGAAGAGCUGUGCUCUUUCCUUCAGUCUGUUCUGGGAGGAUUGAGUCAACUGGGCGCAUUAUCAGGGACGCUCUCCAGAUAUGCAGCCAAGGCUGCAGGAGAGCUCAAGGCUGCAUUCCUUAAUGUUAUGGAGCAAAUCUUGACACCGCCGGCUGAGAAGGUGCCUGACAGCCCUGUCGAUGAGCAGGACAGCAGCAGGUCCUCCACCGAGUGGAGAAAAGCAAUGCAAGCCUGUGACCAUGCAGUGUUCCAUGGACUGUUGACAGCAUGCCUCUAUGUUGCUGAGGGGUGUUGCCACCACCAUGUGUCUGUGUGCGAGCUUUUGGGACGGCUUACUUCGGGAGCAAGGAUUGCUGGGCACAAGGCUAUGGUGGACCUUCUCAUGACAGAAGUGUGUGAGGCGCUCGUAGAGGUGCUCCACAAGCACUUUGCAGACAUGCUGAAUGCACGCUCGACUGAGGUUUCCAGCCUGGCCAUGUCCCAGCUGGAGCAGCUAGUGAGGGUGGCACAGAAGAGCAUCGACCUUGGAAAGAAGUAUGAUGUGAGGUUGGCUCCCCGGCUGAACAACGUGGUGCAGGGCCAGUGCAGGGUGUUCCUUGAAACCAUUCACACAAAGAAUGUGUCACGCCUUCGUGAACUGCUUGACAUGGAGAAUUGGAAGAAAUACGAGGCCCCUGCACGGUGCCAGGACAUUGUCAAUUCGCUGUUGCCUGCAGAGCGCAGUGCUGAGGUUGGUGAAAAUGGAAGGAUUGAGACUUCCUCUGAGCCAUCAACAAGUGCGCCCUCUGUGCACAGCCUACCAGCAAUUGCUGUUGGGAAGCAAGAAUAUCGGAUUGUAUUCUCUGCAGCAGGUUUGAUUGAAUGCCUAGGCGAGUAUUUGGCCUUUCACAAGGCUUUCCCAGAGUUUGUGACAGAAACUGGACAGUUUGUUCUGGAGCUCUUGACUUCGUUCAACACCAGAAGUUGCCAACUGUUGUUGGGAGCACAAGCGAUGCGAACAUCUGGGCUGAAAUCAAUCACAGCAAAGCAUCUCGCAUUGUGUAGCCAGUGCAUCUACCUUUUGAGGUCACUCCACAGACCACUGGCAGCAGCUCUUCUUGGAUCUGAGGGGCAAUCUCGGAGAGCAAUUUUGCAGCCAGACUUUGACAGAUUGAACCAGGAUCUCAUCACACACUGUGACAGCAUUCACUCCAAGUUGGUCUCCAUAAUGAAGGAACGCCUGAUUUUGAGCACCCGUCAGCUGGCAAGCUCGGCCAAAGAGUGGCCUCACAAGGAUGAUGCCACAGAGCCAAGCAAUAUUGCACUGCAGAUUGGGAAACAGCUUAGCACGUUGUCACAGGUGCUUGUGCCUCUGCUGCUGGAGGAACAGAUCAUCGACGUUUUCACGCGAGUGGCUGAGACCUUCAGCAGCGUGCUGGCGGAAUCGUUUCAAAGCCUUGAGCCAGACCAGGAGUUCACUGAGGAUCAGGCCGAGCAUUGGCAUCAUCAGUGGAGAACGGACACUGUGUACUUGCUAGGCUGCCUAAGACAGAUGCCCCUUCCAGACGAUGUUAAAGAAGGGUCACUCAAGGAACUGUCCUACUUGUGCAGUGAGACGGUGGGAAACGAAGUGCAUGGAGUGCAGGUGGCGCAGAAGGGGACAGGCGCUGGUUCUUAG